GUGAGUGUUCCGGGAUCCCGGCUGGGGCAAAACUGCUUCUUCCCCCCUUUCCUUUGCUAUCCAAAGCAGUGGGGAUCAUAUUCCCUUCCUAAUGGCCUCACUUUGCUUGGGGUUUCUGCUCCUCCUGGCUUGCUGCUUCUCCUCCUCUUCCCAAACGAACCCCCUGGACUGGAUUUGGAGUACGGCAGCACCGGGUGAGGGAAUGGCAGAACCAGAGCCGCUCGCCUCUGCGGCUGCUCCUACUCCCAGCGCAUCCCUGAGGAUGUGGGGUGAUCAGCUGGAGUGGGAUGUCACCGCCCCACAGCACCGGGAGCCGGAGCCGGGCACAGCAGCACUCAUUGGUGAGGGGACCGCAGCCAAAAACACUGGGAAUGCCACAGGGCUGGUGGAGAGCACCACACAGGCACAGGCAAGCGUCGCUCCUCCCCACAGCAUGUCACCCACACCCGGGCAGGAUGCGGCCAGCAACUCCACUGAGGACCUGGGUAUCACUGAGGACCUGCAGCUGUUUGGGAUGGGGAGCACCGAGGACCCGCAGCUCUUUGGGAUGGGGAGCGCUCAGGACCCGCAGCUGUUUGGGAUGGGGAGCACCGAGGACCUGAAGCUCCUGGGGAUGGGGAGCACUGAGGACCCGCAGCUCUUUGGGAUGGGGACCACCAAGGACCCACAGCGCUUCGGGAUGGGGAGCACCGAGGACCCACAGCUCUUUGGGAUGGGGAGCACCGAGGACCGGCAGCUCUUUGGGAUGGAGAGCACCGAGGACCUGCAGCUCCUGGGGACAGGGAACACUGCAGUGCCAGGGACACAGGUGUCCUUGCAGAGACCAGCGGGUCCCCAUCCAGAGAACCUGAGUGCUGAGGUUAGCCUCCUGGAGCUGAUUGGAGACCCCCCACCAGAGGAGAUCCUCAAGAUCAAUGGUCCUGACAACAACCCUGGCUAUGUAUUCGGCCCCAAUGCCAACACAGGCCAAGUGGCCCGGUACCACCUUCCGAGCCCUUUCUACCGGGACUUCUCGCUCCUGUUCCACAUCCAACCCACCACCCCGAGGGCUGGAGUGCUCUUUGCCGUCACGGACUCCUCGCAGAGCAUCAUCUAUGUGGGUGUCAAGCUGUCGGAGCUGCGGGCGGGCAAGCAGCACAUCAUCUUCUACUACACAGAGCCGGGCUCGCCGCGCUCGUACGCAGCAGCCAACUUCACUGUGCCCACCUUGCUCAACCAGUGGACGCGCUUUGCCAUCAGCGUGGAGGAGGAUGAAGUUAUCCUCUACCUGGACUGUGAGGAGCACGAGCGGGUCCGCUUUGAGCGCUCCCCGGAUGAGAUGGAGCUGGAAGAUGGCUCUGGGCUCUUUGUUGCUCAAGCCGGAGGGGCCGAUCCGGAUAAAUACCAGGGGGUCAUUGCUGAUCUGAAGCUACAAGGGGACCCGCGGGCAGCCGAGCGGCAGUGCGAGGAGGAAGAGGAUGAUGCUGAGGAGGUCUCCGGUGACUUCGGCAGUGGGGCAGAAGGUGGACACCAACCCUUGGGGAAAGUCAGGGGUGUCCCAGGGCUGAUGGACGCCAUCCCUGUCACCUCUCCCCCUGUUGUGGCGGGCAGUGGGGGCUCCCUGCAGCUAGCCGAGAGGACCAGAGCAGAGGGAAUGCUGCAGGUCUCCAGGGGAGGCACUGGCCCCAGAGGUGACAAGGGGAAGAAGGACGAACUCGGCCUGAAAGGGGAUGUGGGAACCAGCAGUAUCGUGGGGUUGGGCAGUGUCAAGGGCGAAAAGGGGGAGAAAGGAGAGCUGGGUGUUAAGGGCAGCGCUGGCUUUGGCUACCCUGGCUCCAAGGGCCAGAAAGGGGAACCAGGGAACCCUGGUCCCCCUGGGACCCUGUCCCAGCACACUGACAGCUUGGUGGUGGAGCAGGUCACUGGUCCCCCAGGGCCACCAGGGAAGGAUGGAGCCCCCGGCAGGGAUGGAGAGCCUGGAGAUCCCGGCGAGGACGGCAAACCAGGUGAUAUGGGGCCCCAGGGGUUCCCCGGGACGCCGGGGGAGCCUGGUCUGAAGGGGGAGAAGGGUGAGCCAGGCAUGGGGCCGAGGGGACCACCUGGACCACCAGGCCCCCCAGGACCACCGGGACCCUCCUUCAAGCAUGACAAGCUGACCUUCAUCGACAUGGAGGGCUCUGGCUUCGGUGGUGACCUGGAGAGCCUGCGGGGGCCGCGAGGGCCGCCUGGCCCCCCGGGGCCACCCGGCGUUCCCGGUUUGCCAGGGGAGCCAGGACGGUUCGGGAUGAACCACACGGACCUGCCGGGACCUCCAGGAUUGCCAGGCAGGGAUGGGAUCCCCGGACCCCCGGGGCCAGUGGGUCCUCCUGGAAGAGACGGGACAGAUGGGCAGCCAGGGCCCAAAGGAGAGCGGGGCGAUAUGGGUGACCUCGGCCUCCCCGGUGUACCAGGACCCAAGGGCAGCAAGGGAGAAACGGGACCAGCAGGAGCCCCAGGAGAAACAGGCUUAGCUGGUCUACCCGGGCCCAUGGGACCCCGUGGGCCACCAGGACCCCCUGGCCCCCCAGGACCACCAGGGCCAGGCUACGAGGCUGGAUUUAGUGACAUGGAGGGCUCAGGGCUGAUGUUUGCCAGUGGCUCCCCUGGACCACGUGGACCCGAAGGACCACAGGGGGUGCCGGGACUGCCAGGGGUGAAGGGGGAGGUUGGCAGCCCCGGGCAGCCUGGUUUGCCGGGACCAAAGGGAGAUGCUGGUGUUCCUGGUGUGGAUGGCCGCCCUGGCCUGGAGGGCUUCCCUGGACCACAGGGACCCAAAGGUGACAGAGGCAGCCCUGGCGACAAGGGCGAGCGAGGCCAAGAUGGUGUGGGGCUGCCUGGUCCCCCUGGCCCCCCUGGUCCCCCUGGGCAGGUCAUUGCUGUCUCAAGUGAAGAUAAGUCUUUGACGGCUUUUCCUGGUCCAGAGGGCAGACAGGGUCAUGCUGGCUUUCCGGGCCCGGUGGGACCGAAAGGAGACAGGGGUGCAUCUGGUCCCCAGGGCUCUCCGGGGUUGAAGGGGGAGAAGGGGGAGCCCGGUGUCAUCAUCAGCCCCGAUGGGGCUGUGGUCACUGCAAAGGUGAAAGGAGAAAAGGGGGAGCCGGGGCUACGAGGACCAGUAGGACCCUCCGGUCCCCAGGGACGAGCAGGGAUGAAGGGAGAGAUCGGCUUCCCGGGCAGACCCGGACGUCCCGGCAUGAACGGGCUGAAGGGUGAGAAGGGGGACCCCGCGGAUGUCAGUGGCAUGAUGGGCUUGAGGGGUCCCCCAGGACCCCCAGGUCCCCCGGGGCCCCCCGGGCCACCUGGCAGCAUAGUGUACGACAGCAGCAAUGCCUUCAGUGACUCCAGGCAUCCCGUGCUGCCAGCCUUCCCUGGUUUCCACCAGUUUCCAGGACAAAAGGGAGAGAAGGGUGAUACCGGACCCCCGGGACCCCCAGGCCACUUCCCCUAUGACUCAAGUCACUUUGGUGCCAACCUGCGGGGUGACAAGGGGGACGCAGGUCCCAAGGGUGAGAAGGGCGAGCCGGGCAGCACCCCCAUCUACAGCCCCAGCCUCUCCGGGCUGCCGGGGCCCCCAGGGCCCCAGGGCUACCCCGGGCUGCCGGGUCCCAAAGGGGACAGCAUCGUUGGCCUGCCAGGGCCUCCUGGACCUCAGGGUCCCCCUGGAAUCGGCUAUGAGGGGCGGCAGGGCCCCCCUGGCCCUCCUGGCCCCCCUGGUCCACCCUCCUUCCCAGGUCCUCAUAGACAAGCUAUCAGCAUCCCUGGACCUCCUGGACCACCGGGACCCCCUGGACCACCAGGCAGUAGCGGGAUGUCCUUAGGGCUUCACACCCUGCCAACGUACCAGGCGAUGCUGAGCACCGCGCAGGACCUGCCCGAGGGCAGCCUCAUCUUCCUCAGUGACCGGCAGGAGCUCUACGUGCGCCUGCGCGGCGGCAUCCGCCGCGUCCUGCUGGAGGAGCACACCCUGAUGCUCAGUUCGGCUCUGGACAACGAGGUGUACAACAAGCUGCCCAGCACCCACUACAGCGGCCCUCAGCCUGCUCUGCAGCCCCGUGACCCCCUGCACCCCCUCCGCAACCAUGGCCCCCCUCCUACCGCACGACCCUGGCGUGGGGACGAGGUGGUGGCCAACCAGCACCGCCUGCCCGAGCAGCCCCUGCUCCACCACCAGCACGAGCUCCUCAACAGCUACUACAUCCAUCGCCGCCCGGAUCCAGCCCCUGUGGCUGCCCAUGUGCACCAGGACUUCCAGCCUGCUCUUCACCUGGUGGCCCUGAACACGCCACUAAGCGGUGGCAUGCGUGGCAUCCGGGGGGCUGAUUUCCAGUGCUUCCAGCAAGCCCGGCAGGUCGGGCUGGCCGGCACCUUCCGUGCCUUCCUGUCCUCCCGCCUGCAGGACCUCUACAGCAUCGUGCGCAGGGCUGACCGUGCCACUGUGCCCAUUGUCAACCUCCGGGACGAAGUGCUCUUCAGUAACUGGGAAGCCCUUUUCACGGGUAGUGGGGCUCCGCUGCGAGCCGGUUCCCGCAUCCUCUCCUUCGAUGGCCGGGAUGUCCUGAGGGAUGCAGGAUGGCCCCAGAAGAGUGUCUGGCAUGGCUCAGAUGCCAAGGGCCGGCGCUUGCCCGAGAGCUACUGCGAGACAUGGAGGACGGAGGAGAACACAGCCACUGGCCAAGCCUCCUCCCUGGGCUCCGGCAAGCUGCUGGAGCAGGAGGCCAGCAGCUGCCAACACACCUUCAUUGUGCUCUGCAUCGAGAACAGCUUCAUGACCGCUGCCAAAAAGUGAUACCCUCCUGUCCCCUGGGUACCCUGCAUCUCCCCAGGGAAGGUUAGGCCAGCCCGGCACCCCUGUGGUCCUCAGGCCCCGCAUGUACCUGCCCUUGCCCUGCAGGGUUUUCUCCUCCCACAGACCAAAGAGUAUCAUCAUCAUCAUCAUCAUCACCCUGAGGUGGCAGGGGUUUGCAUCCCACCUGGGGCAGGUGGUCAGGUUGCCUUCCUCCUCCUCUGGCUCCACUUCUAACUCCUAAUAUUUAACCACUUCAGCUUGUGUCCCCCAACCUGCUCAGAUGCCCUUUUCAAGGGGGAUGUGGUAUGUCCUCCUGGAAAGCCUACAGGGGUUCUCUGACCGUUCCCCCAGCCACACACUGUCCUCACCAGGAGCUUGGGGUUGGACCCAAGAAGAAGAAGAAGAAGAGUUCUUCUCCCAUCCCUGAUGCUGAGGCCAUGGAGUCUUCUCCAGCCAAAACCCCAGCAUCGCACCCAAGCAAGGGACCAUCCCAUGGCAGUGCCAGGGCUCCCCCUUUGAUGGUCUCCAUCCUACCAAGGCAAGGACCAUCCCGCCCAGUCCCCCAUCAUCAUCCUCACCUCCACCUCCCAGCCAGCAGCUCGGGUGCCCUGCAUGGGGGGACAUUCCCUCCAUGCACCCCACACCAGCAUAGGGACUGGGGCAAUGGGGUGGCCCCGAUGUGGGGCCAGGCAUGUCCUUAGCAUGUGUUUACAUGCACGUGUGUGUUGAGCACGUGUGGUGCUGAGGGCAGGCACCGACAUCACCCUCCCCUUCCCCACACCAGCUUUGGUGCACGCUAAGGGCCGAGGUGCAGCAAAGCUGCUUUGAAGGGGGGUGGGCAAACCUAAGGUGCUAAAGAACAAAAAGAAAGACAAGAUCCAUUUGUAACUAGCUUUUUUUUUUUGUUAUUGUAUGGGAAAUUCUUACCAUAAAAGCUGUGUGAGUCACGCGGUCUCUAUUUCUUACAGUCUACUGUAUUUUGUGUCAUUAAUGCAAUUUAAAGCCUGUGGAUUGGUUUGGUUGGUUUUUUUUUUUUGUCAGUUGUGUCCUAUAAACCAUUUUCUAAAGGCACUGAAUAAAGAAACAUUAUCCUCUCA